UGCUUCCUAGCUCCCAAACAGAGAGGGCGGCCUCCCGUCUCCAACAUGAUGGACCCAAACCAACUUUUCGAUGACACCAGCGCCUCGCAGCACCCUCAGCCCACCAGCUACACUGUCCAAGGAAUUGAUGUGGGGCUUCCAAUCAACAACUUCCUUAGCGAACCAGUAGCAGAUUUUGCCAUGACUUAUGGCACAACAAUUGCCAGCCAAGGAAAAGACAUGGUCCAUAAAGAGCUGAACAGGUUUAUGUCCGUCAACAAGCUGAAAUAUUUCUUCACGGUCGACACCAGAUAUGUCACCAAGAAGUUGGCAUUGCUCCUGUUCCCGUAUACCCACCAGAACUGGGAGCUUGGAUACCGUGUUGACUCGCGCCUGACCCCACGAGAGGACUAUCAUGCGAAUGCUCCAGACCUGUACAUUCCAACCAUGGCCUUUAUUACAUACAUCCUGUUGGCUGGGGUGGCACUGGGCAUCCAGCAGAGGUUUUCUCCUGAGGUACUAGGAAUGUGUGCCAGUACUGCGCUGGUAUGGAUUAUUAUUGAGGUUUUAGCCCUUGUCCUCGCACUCUACUUGAUAUCAGUACAUACAGACCUCACUACAUUCGAUCUUAUUGCCUACAGUGGAUAUAAGUAUGUAGGGAUGAUAAUCACGAUCCUAGGCGGCUUAUUGUUUGGGCGAGAUGGCUACUACGUGGCAUUGGCUUGGACGUCCUGCGCCAUCAUGUUCUUCCUAGUCCGCUCCUUGAGAAUGAAAGUCCUGUCCUCCACCUCAGAUGGAGUUACCAGCCAUAGCUCCAGGAAUCAACUACGGAUGUACGUCACCCUGGCUGUCGCCGCAUUUCAACCCCUCAUCAUUUACUGGCUGACUAUUCACCUAAUUCGGUGAGGGAUAGUGAGAUGGUAGUCUAGGAUUUGUGGUGGGGAUUGGGGGGGGUAAGAGUGUCAAGUAUUGGGGUUUUGCCAUUCUAUCCCAGUGUAUCAUCACACAAUGUUAAGCUGGUCCCUUCCUCAGAAGAUGCUAGCAGUUUAUAAAGGAGUGCCAAAAACUUUCUGCUUGUUUACUUUGAAAACAAUCCUACAGCUUCCGCCAGAGCUGUACGUGGUACAUAAUUCAGGAUGGUUGCACCGUCUCUAAUGCUGUCUGUGAGUGAGUAUGAGCUCACUGUGGUGAGGACCUUAUUGGACGGGGUGUCAGUGCUAGUGGAUAGGAAAGUUUGAGAGGGUUGCACUGUCACAUUGAGUUAUAGCUCAUUUAGACUGGGGCUGUGAAAACAAAAGACAUGAGAACAAAAGAAGAGUCAAAGCACUCCACUCUAAAUCUUUGCUCAGUCUGUAUUACAGUCUUCCCCACAAAAGGGUUUGAAUAGAACCCCCAUUCCAGGAUACACAACCGAGGCUGAUAGUUCAGUGCUACACUGAAUUAAUAUGUUAAACCAAGGCUGCGUCUGCCCCGGAUAUGCCUUCCAACCUUACAAAAGAAAUUACAAAAAAAAACUGCUGCAGUGUAUUGUGCCAAAGCUGUUGUAGCACACACUGACACUGUUCAUAAAACCGGUGUUCUCAGAAAUUUGACCUCCCAGCCUAAUUUGAGUUGUACCAGCAAUUCUUCUCCCAGUUAUCAGUUCCUGCAUUAGCCAGUUCUCUCCCAUCUUCCAUUCUAAAACCAUCUUUCCCUGCUUGUCUGACCCCUGCCGUUGGAGUAAGAUGAUUGCACCAGGAAGGAAGUGCCUUUUUUAAAAAGUCCUCAUUUCAAUCCUACACUACCACUAUAACAUUGAUUAAGACCUUGGUGCAACUUCCCUAUUUAAUUGUAAAACUUUAGUUUUAUCUUGGAGCUGGGAGCCAGCCAUCACCCCAGAUAGCCUCUCCUGCAUCUGCCAUUUGAAAGUGUUUCCUGCCCCACCAAGGGAUGUUUCUUGUUCUUGCAUGGUUGUUAGUAGCCUCAUUAAGAGAAAUGACUGAGUGAUGCAGGAGAGAGGAUAAAUCAGACUUGGACACCCUCCUAGAGCUAUUCUAGUAACCGCAGUGUAUUAGACUCUUUGGAGCAGCUAAACUGUUAACUCCCAGCUGUCGGUAGUGACAAUAAAAUGGGAUGUCCCUCCCUGACUAGCAGGCUGUAAUAAAACAGAGACUCCUGGACCUCUCCUGCAGACUACCACUGUUUUGCUGGUAAAUGGACAUUAAUCCCAUAAAUACAGCAGAUGACAAACACGGAGCUACACGUUGUUUUAAUCAUCCUGUGGCUUCUUUGACCAUUUGCCGUUUGAAGAUGAAGGGAGGACUUCUCUCACCAGUUGAUCUUUGCAGUGGUUCUCAACGUAAUGUGUUUUAAAUCCUCGCCGUGCUGCUGACUCUGUAAAUAAUAAAUAGAAUGCAUCAUGUUUUAAA